CGCACUUCUAUGUCGAUUCGCAUGAGGAAAAUAAGAUUCACAAAAGUUGUAUGACGGUAAAGAAAUCAACACAACUGUCAUUGUGUCGUGCGCUCUAGAACAACAAUCACUUCUCUAAGAUCAUUACACAGAAAGCAACCUGACCCAAGAUGACUGUAGUCACCGCCAGUACUACUAGCAGCAGUGGAUCUUCCACGCCAGCGUCCACCACCUCUGCCCGCUUUCUGGGCGCCGGGUGUGCGGGGGCACUGGAGCUUGCGCUGUUUCACCCUGUCGACUAUCAAGCGCAAAAAUGUCUGGGUCUGGGAGAUUGCAAGCUUGUCAUGCAUAUUUUCCAUGCCCCGUGAGGUCUGGAAUGCAGGACCUAGCAUGACAGGUUCUGCGAAGUCUCUCUCAUGUCUGGCCUGCAUGACAAACUGCCUCUAAACCUGUUCACAAGUGGACAGUUUUUGGUGAUCUUGCAACGCAAAUUUUUGUACUGUCCAGACUUAGCAUGACAAGUUCGCGUCCUUCCAGACCCACACAUUUUUGCAGUGCAUAUCGACACGGUAGCGAAACGGUUGAUGGCCAGUCCGGUCCGGCUGUCUGUGAAUAAUUACGGCGAGGUUCAUAUGCAUGUGUCAGGAUCGAAAUCGUCAAAGUUGAAAUAGUUUGUAAUGCAUAAAAUACAACGCAAAAUCUGCCUCUGUUGCAGAGGACGCAAGGGAGGCAUAUUGUAAGCCUGUUGAGAGGUAGAAAUAGAGCUACUAAAGUAGCAUGACAAAAGGCGUCGCCCUUACCCAAACAGCAUGACAAACUGGAUUUAGGUUCUACGCAAAUUUGUCAUGCGCCACUUAGAAACCGGGCUUCAACUGGCAUCCAUUUUAUGCAUGGCAUAUUUAAUUAUUUCAACUUUGUCGAUUUCAAACCUGACAGAUCCAUAGUUCUGUUUCACGAACCGGCCGCGGCGACGGUGGGCGGGGGUGGAGGAGGUUUAGGUACGGCGCCGAAUUUCGUCGAUUUCGCCCGUAUGCAACAGCGGGUCAAGUCCCUAUUUCCGGGUUUGGGGUACGGGGCGGUGUACAAGAUCUCCCAACGCAGCUACAAGUUCGGCGGCCAACCCUUCGUGAAGGAUUUGGUGCGGCGCCCGUAUGAGAGGUAGAAAGUAUUAAAACCAAGCUCAGGCAGCACGAUUGCAGAACAAUUACGAAUUUAUGUGAUUUUUAGUGAUCAUCCUAGCCCGAGCUGUUGUAGUUCAGGCUGCUCUGUAACUUUGAAUUUCAUUAUAUGAACAGUAAGUUUAGAAUUGCAGGUUUUUCGGGUCCGACCAAAAAACGAAUCCGGUUCGCCGCGGCCUGCUGUGCGACGGCGUUGCCGGUGCUUUUAUGGGUGCUGGAGAGGUGCUCCUGCUACCGUUCGACGUGUUGAAGAUUAAGGCACAGACAAACCCCACGUAUCGCGGGCGAAAUUUUGUGGCGGUGUUUCGACAAGAGGGCCUGCGAAAUUUAUAUGCAGGAUGGCAGUGGACGGUGAUGAGGAACGUUCCAGGUAGGCAGGAUGCAGUUUUCAUGAAGAAGAAGUGCUUGUUCCGAAUGUGAAAACGUCAUUUAUUAUUUUCUCUGGGAUCUUCUACUUCAAUUCGGUAAUCCCAACCGCAAUUAUACCGGUUCCAAUCUUUGAACUCCUAUAAUCCUUGUCAGGUUCCUUCGCCCUUUUCGGGGUUAACGCGGCCGUGCGCGACCGCGUUUUUUUACAGCCGCAGUCCACACCCACCUCUUCCGGUUCAUCUUCUGCGAAGGCCAUCAACAAGAACAAACCAACCUUUUUGCAGACCGCAAUUACGAGCACCUGUGGGUCUUUGGCGUCCAUUGUCGUGGCCUGCCCGUGCGACGUGAUUAAAACCCGGAUUCAGAGCGGCAAAUUCUCGGCCGACAAGAACGGUGUCACGAUUGCAAAGGAACUGCUGAAAGAGGAGGGACCUUCCGGAUUUUUCAAGGGAGUGGUUCCAAAAUGCGGCGCGGUCGGACCAAAACUGAUCUUUUCAUUCACGGUGGCGCAAUACUUGAUCCAGACCCUGUCAGGCGUCUAGUCGCGGAGGGAUCAUGGAAUGCCAGCUGCAUGUCAUUGUUGCACGAGCUGCAGCCCAAGAACCUUGAUGUCAUGUCGUCCAUCUACUUUAUUUUGAGAAUUCAGACCAUGUUCUUGGGAAUUCAGACCACCGUACUUGUUUUUGAGAAUUCAGAGGUCACUAGGCCAGAAUCACAAUACGAAGCGGAAACAAAUGUGACUCAU